AUCAAGCUAUUUUAGCAGUUUAAACGGUGUCAAAUAGUGAACUUUAUUACAUGUAUAUGUUCAAUGGAUGGUGAGAAGACAUUGACAUAUUUAAUCAAGCUUACCCAGAAUGGCGAAUUGUGCACGCUUAAAAAAGAACUUGGUGGCACAAUUUGUCAACAAAAAACAUUUCGGGAAAUCGGGUGAUACAUUGUUGCAUUAUGCCGCUGGUCAUGGCCAAUUGGACAUUGUGCAAUUUUUAGUAAAAAAGAUUGGGAUGGACAUAGAGCUGUACAAUACCGACUACAAAAGAGCUCUGCAUGAAGCUGCGUCCAUGGGACAGCGGGAGUGUUUGAGUUAUCUGCUCACUGAAGGAGCCAAAGUAGACUGCUUAAAAAAGGCUGAUUGGACCCCUCUGAUGAUGGCCUGCACCCGGAGGAACCUGGGUAUGAUCCAGGAACUACUGUCCCAUGAGGCCGACCCCAUGCUGUAGAACAAGGACGGCUGGAACUCCUUCCACAUCGCCUGCAGGAAGGGAGACCCUGCGGUCAUACAGCACCUCCUACUGGCCAACCUGGAAGUCUGGAGGACAGAGAGCAAGACGCUGAGGACUCCUCUGCACACUGCAGCAAUGCACGGCUGUGAAGAAGUGGUCAGCAUCUUGGUACAGAGGUGUGGUUAUGUUCCGGAUGGCAGGGACAGCUGUGGGGUCACCCCCUUUAUGGACGCAGUGAGGAACGGACACAUAUCUGUGGCCAAACUACUGCUGGAGAAGCAUCAGGCCUCUCCGACUGCAGCAGACAUCCUGGGGGCCCAGUCYUGCACCAUGUUGCUGUCACAGCCCAGGAGGAGGCGCUAG